ACACGCAAUGUUUGAAUAACCGGUGCAGUUGUCAAACUUGCAGCAAUAUAAAAUUACCUUGCAGCGAAAUGUUACGGCAAGGCCGGUUUUGGCGAGCAGUUUCCUCACGUAUCUUUACUGGGGACCCGUUCGGAAAUGGCCUUCGCCGUGCUCUCUCGUCAUCGCCAUCAGCUUGCGAUUCGUUCGAUGUUAUAGUGGUCGGAGGCGGACAUGCAGGGACCGAGGCAUGCAGUGCAGCCGCCCGCAUGGGAGCACGGACGUUGUUGGUAACGCAGAAACGGUCCACCAUCGGAGAAAUGUCUUGCAAUCCGUCCUUCGGUGGUAUUGGCAAGGGCCAUCUCAUCCGUGAGGUGGACGCGCUGGAUGGUGUUUGUGCGCGAUGUUGCGAUCGUAGCGGUGUCCAGUAUAAGGUGUUGAACCGACGGAAGGGGCCGGCGGUGUGGGGUCCCCGGGCUCAAAUUGACCGGAAGCUGUACAAACGCGAAGUGCAACAAACGCUCGCAAGCACACCCAAUCUCACGAUAAUCGAAGCAUCGGUAGAGGACAUUGUGUUGGCCAGCGGUGAACAACCUCGGUUGGCUGGAGUAACGUUAGCCGACGGCCGUACGAUUGGAGCGAACAGUCUAGUCAUUACCACCGGUACGUUUCUACGAGGCCAGAUAAACAUUGGACUUGAAACGCGUCCCGCCGGAAGAAUCGGAGACGAACCGGCCAUUGGGCUAGCGAAAAGUAUCGAACAGUUGGGCUUCCGGUUGGGCCGCUUGAAGACCGGCACACCGCCUCGCAUUCAUCGGGACUCGAUCCGCUUCGAGCAACUGGCGCGCCAUCCGGGUGAUGAUCCUCCGGUCCCUUUUUCGUUUCUUAACGAUCGGGUGUGGCUCGAACCGGACCAACAGCUGGACUGUUUUCUCACGCAGACGACGGCCCGGGUGAACGACAUCGUACUGCGGAAUCUGCACUGCAAUCGACACGUCACUGAGGAGCUAACCGGGCCACGCUACUGUCCCUCGAUCGAAUCCAAGAUAUUGCGCUUUGGCCACAAGCUGCACCAGAUAUGGCUCGAGCCGGAAGGUUUCGACAGUGAACUGAUCUAUCCGAAUGGACUGUCCUGCACACUUCCAGCGGAUGAACAGGUUAAGCUGGUGCGCUGCCUCGAGGGACUCGAACAGGCCGAAGUGGUUCGCCCCGGGUACGGCGUUGAGUACGAUUUUGUAGAUCCUCGCGAACUGUUCCCAACGCUCGAAACCAAACGCGUCAAGGGAUUGUUCUUGGCGGGUCAAAUCAACGGCACGACGGGUUACGAAGAAGCAGCCGCACAGGGUCUUCUGGCGGGUGCUAAUGCGGGUGCCAAUGCGCUCGCCCGGACACCGCUCACCGUGAGUCGGACCGAGGGCUACCUUGGUGUGCUUGUGGAUGAUUUGACCACGCUCGGGACGAACGAACCGUACCGCAUGUUUACAAGUCGCGCUGAGUUCCGGCUCAGUUUGCGUCCCGAUAACGCAGAUCUGCGGCUCACGGAGAAGGGUUUUGCCAUGGGGUUAGUGUCCCAGGAACGCCUGCAACGAACAGUGUCCAUACGGCAGCGAUUAGCCCAGGCGGUGGAGCUUCUGCGGGACGUCAAGAAGGGUAGCAACCAAUGGCGUACAGCGAUGCAGCUACCACCGGCCAAGGCAAGCGUCUACAAAAGUGCCUUCGAGAUGUUGGCCAUCUCGAACGACGCAAUCACCACCGAGCGGGUGUGUGCUGUUGAACCGACCAUGCUUGGCUGGAUUCUGGACGAUCCCGAGCUUUGCCAGAGACUUAAGAUCGAAGCACUGUACAGCCUUUCGAUCGAGGAUCAGUCGCGUGAAGUUGAGGAAGUGUUACGGAACGAGAGCUUAAGGAUACCGAACGCGAUCGAUUACUUAUCGAAAUCUCUAAAUCUUUCGUUCGAAGAGCAAGAAAAACUGGUCAAAAUUCAACCGCAAACGAUUGCUGCCGCUAGUCGUAUUCAAGGAAUAACGCCAUCGUCCAUCGUGCGGCUUGUAAAAUAUGUAAAGCAACAUGAACUUAGCGCAGGUGCCGUCUAGUGACCCUAGAUCCUACUAAGCAGGAGCUAUUCUCCAUCAGUCUACAAAAAUCGUUCUGAACGAAUUGCUCGAUUUGUUUUAAGCUUGUUAUAAUGUUUGGUGGUAAAUAAAUAGGUAUAUAAAUAACUUUCCGUUCCAAACGAUCGGACUCUACGGU